AAGAGACAAAUCAGUUGUAAGAAAAGAAGCUUUGGCCAGUCAGCAGAAGCUGUUCUGCAGCUUCUCCUCUCCGGUGAUGGAAACCUUGGUGGGAACUGAACUUUGCUUUCCACAACUCAUCAACACCUCCUGCAGAAAGCCAAUUCGUCCUCACUUAGAAGCAAUGCUGAUUUAUAUUUUGUUGUCUUCCAUCUCUCUGUUCACUGUAGCUCUGAACCUGCUGGUCAUCAUCUCCAUCUCCCACUUCAAGCAGCUCCACACCCCCACCAACCUCCUCCUCCUCUCUCUGGCCGUCUCAGAUUUCUUCGUCGGCCUCUUCAUGAUCUUUCAAAUAAUGUUGAUAGACGGCUGCUGGUUGCUCGGUGAUCUCAUGUGUUCUCUUUGGUCUAUUCUAUCAUCCAUUAUUACCUCGUCCUCAGUAGGAACCAUGGUGCUCAUAUCAGGGGAGCGAUAUGUGGCUAUUUGUUAUCCUCUGCAUUACUUCAUCAAAGUCAAACAAGAAAGAGUUCAAGUCUGUGUUUGUCUGUGUUGGAUGUUUGCUGCUUUAAUUAACAGUCUGCUGCUGAAGAAUAACCUGCAACAUCCGGGAAGGUAUAAAUCUUGCAUAGGAGAGUGUACUGUUGACAUGAACUACAUCGUUAAUCUUUUUGAUCUUAUUGUUACAUUCAUUUUUCCCAUUACUGUUAUUGUCAUUCUAUAUAUUAGAAUAUUUGGGGUGGCUGUGUAUCAGGCUCGUGCCAUGCGGUCUCACAUUGCAGUUGUGAUAAUGAAAGUAACCGCUAAAAAGUCUGAAAUGAAAGCGGCCAGGAAUCUUGGUGUUGUUGUAGUUGUGUUUCUGAUAUGCGUUUGCCCAUAUUAUUGUGUUGUUCUUACAUCCCAAAACAACUUGGACACAUCUUUAUCUGUAACCAUUGUAAUAUGUUUUUUUCAGUUUAACUCCUGUCUCAACCCUCUUAUCUAUGCCACUCUCUACCCCUGGUUCAGAAAAUCAAUUAAGGUCAUUGUUACACUUCAGAUACUGAAACCUGGUUCCUAUCGGACCAACAUGCUUUAGAGACACGCUGCAUGGGUCUAAAAUUGAAAUGAGCCUGAACAGA